UCCGAGCCAUGGCUUGCCGACUUGCUGCCAGACAAGAGACCGGACGAAGAUUCGCCGACAAUGAAGCGAGGCUACUGCCAAACUAAUCGUGAAAGUGGACGGUCUUUUGUUUAUUUUUAAUCUAAAUUCUUCUGCUUUGAUCCAUUAUUUGACUCAGUACGCAAGCUUCAACCUCGAUACCAGUAGGAUUAUGCGACCCCAGUUUCUGUGAUCAACCAAAAGCUCCCCUCGUACCGAAACAACCACAAACGCAAGCUUAGCUUCAGCUUAUGACCGAUUUCCCCCGCAAUCGGCCCUUGGGAUAUAUAUAACAAAAACUGCGCGGCCAGCGCUCGGCAUCGCGACACUACAACGGCCACGACCAAUUGAAGCAAACCCGACCUGCGUUUGUUAACUCAACAUGGUCAACGGAAACGAUGAGGGUCGGGAUUCCGCUCCCGACCUUAGAAUUCUCGGGGACUCGAUAACGCUCCAGCCCAGCGGAUAUGUCGAACCGCCAGCCGGAGCGCGCGAUGCGGAGAAGGAGGAGGCUCUUAUGAAGCACAUGGCACGCUUCCGGUCCGAACCGCUCCAGUUCCUCCGCGAAGUAUCCCUUUACGUUUCCGGCACCGGAUGGCGCGCCUACGAUGACUUUAUCGGUCAACCGAUUUUUUACCCUGGCUUCUCGGAACAGAUGGCCGCGCAGGUCCUCUCGGCCCCGCUCCUCCGCUCACGCAUCUCUCAGCUCGCCGAGAAGCGGCUCGCCAACGAGGAAAAGGAGGGAUGGUUCCGCAAGGGCGACUCGGACUAUGAGGUCCGCCGAGCGCACAGGCGGGCCGAGCUCGAGACGUGGCUGCAACAGGUUGCUGAGAAGUGGACCGACAAUAUGAUCUGCAAGUUCGAGAGCAAGAUGUUCAUCCGCAGCGCCUACUACAUGGUCACACAGCUGCUCACGCGUGCCUAUCACCAGGGUAUUCACGUCUCCAGCGAGGAGGUUCUCAGGCUGAGAAAGGUCGCGCAGGAGGCGGAAAAGAAGAAGCGGAGCAUAAUCUUCCUACCAUGCCACCGCUCCCAUGUCGACUAUGUCUCCUUGCAGCUCAUCUGCUACAGGCUGGGCCUUGCUCUUCCGGUGGUGGUUGCCGGCGACAACCUCAACUUUCCUUUGGUGGGGAGCUUCCUGCAGCAUGCGGGCGCCAUGUGGAUCCGUCGGUCCUUUGGUGACGACCAGCUAUAUACUACCUUGGUGCAGACCUACAUUGACACGCUGCUGCAAAAUGGCCACAACUUUGAGUGUUUUAUCGAGGGUGGCCGUUCCCGUACUGGCAAAUUGCUGUCACCAAAAUUUGGAAUCCUCAACUUCAUUGUCGACAGUGUACUUUCAGGGAGGACGGAAGACGCAAUCAUCUGCCCUGUCAGCACACAAUAUGACAAGGUCAUCGAGACAGAGGGUUAUGUUACAGAGCUUCUCGGCCAACCUAAGCAAAAAGAGAAUCUGGCUGAUUUUUUGACCGGAGGAUCGUCGGUGUUGUCACUCCGACUCGGCAGAGUAGACGUGCGCUUCCACGAGCCUUGGAGUCUACGUGGUUUCAUCGAUGAGCAACUGUCAAGGCUUAUUGGCAUCCCCAAAACUAUUGGAACAGACAUGACCAAAGAAAUUACCCCUGCCGUCAGGCAAAAACUACUCCGCACACUCGGCUACAAGGUUCUUUCGGAUAUCAAUGACGUCUCCGUUGUCAUGCCCACUGCUCUUAUUGGUACCGUGCUCCUGACUCUACGAGGCCGUGGUUGCAGCAAAGGAGAGCUCAUACGGCGUGUCCAGUGGUUGACUGCACGAGUGAGGUCCAAGGGUGGUCGGGUUGCACACUUUGGCAACGUCUCGCUGGAUGAAGUCAUUGAACGUGGACUUGACGUGCUUGGAAAAGACCUUGUCGGCAGGAUAGACGGUCUCACGGAACCUGUCUACUACGCUGUUGACCGCUUCCAGUUGUCCUUCUACCGCAACAUGACCAUCCAUCUGUUCAUCGCCGAGGCCCUGAUCAGCGCGGCCAUGUACAUCCGCGUAAAGCGUGGUGGCGGCCCAGAGAUCCAGGAUAUUUCCUACACUGAACUGCACGACCAUGUACUGUUCUUAUCAUCGUUGUUCCGUGGCGAAUUCAUCUUUUCGGGCGAGGGCUUGACGGUGAGCCUGGAUAAGACGUUAAAGAGCCUCGAAGCCGAGGGCGUCAUCGUAUUGCGACGGACUCCAGACGGUGUGGUGGACAAGGUCGGUCUCUCGGACCAAGAAAGGCAGGCCGGUCGUGAGAAUUAUGACUUUUACUGCUUUUUGAUAUGGCCAUUUAUCGAGUCGAGCUGGCUUGCGGCCGUUUCGCUGAUGGGAUUGGCACCACCACCUGGAGCAAGCUCGGAUAUAUGGUUCGAGUUUGCAAAGGCGCUAAACAGCGCGCAACUGCUCGGCAAGGAUCUCUACCACCAAGGUGACCUGAGCUACUUCGAGGCAGUCAACAAGGAAACACUCAAAAACUCUUACCAGCGAUUCGAGGAGGAAGGAAUAAUCCAGAUCGUCAAGUCCAAGGACCCCAAGAUCCCCCCACGGCUCCGGCUCAGUCCGGACUGGUCCCCGCAGCGCGACCCCACAACGGGUGUACUCACGCCAUCGGGCCGCCUGUGGGACUUUACGGAAAAGAUCGCGUCCAGCAGGCGCGAGGGCAAGAACCGCCGUGACGGCGCCACGGUUAGCACCAGGGUCCUCAAGCUGACGGACCUCUUGGGCCAGAGGCUCUACAACGACACGAUCAACAGCGAGGGCAAGAAGGGUUCGGCGCCGGCUCGGCUGACAAACGAGGAGAAGGCGUCGCUCAAAAAGACUGUCAAGGUGGAGAGGAAGCGUAGGACGCUGGAGAAUAGGGCGCGGCUAUAGGGACUUUUUAGGAGGCGUUAAUUUUUGGUAUUGUACAGCGUGGUGGGUGGCGCAUUGUUUUGCCGGUUUUCUUUUUGUCCUUUUUUUUUUCUGUAGCAUUAUGGUUAUGAACUGAGAAUAACAGCCAUAUAUAGGCUGUUGGACAGCGAGUCUGCUGCUGAUGCAUGUAUUAAAAAAAAUGGUUCCGUAAUACCUCUUUUCUAUUUUCCGCUGAUGCCCUGAACGCCCAGAAAGAAAUUCUAUCUCUAUGCAAACAAGUCUAUUUUUGUACAGGAUUCAGAAUUAUAUUGUCAAUCAGUCGCACGGCCGGCCCGCCGCUGUGGCCAAGGUCUUCACCAGGCUGCGGCGCCUCGAUGGGUAACAUCUUGACGGCGCCGCUCAGCACGGCUCCUCUCUCCGGGUCGACGCUUUCUAUCUCGACCAUUGUGUCGGGAUCGGCCAGGGAGAUGUAGUCGACCUCGAAGACGACCCUCUCCUCGGGCGACAGAGCCAUCUGCGCCGCGAGGGUAUCCCUCGUCACCGCCUCGGCCGGCCCCAGUAUCUCGGCCCUGGUCAGACCUCCAGCCUGGUACGCGGCCUCUGCGGCGCGCAGGGCGCGGUUCAACACGGUCGCGGCGCGCCUCCUCCUCGCGCCGAGGUAGACGUUCCUCGAGCUGAGAGCCAGACCGUCGGCCUCCCUGACGGUGGGGCCGAUGACGACCUCGGUGUCGAGGCAAAAGUCGCGAACCAUGGCGCGGAUGACGACGGUCUGCUGGACGUCCUUUUGGCCAAAGUAGACGCGGGUGGGCUGGACGAUGUUGAAGAGCUUCAUGCAGACGGUGGCGACGCCGCGGAAGAAGGUCGGGCGCGUGCGGCCCUCGAGCAGCUCGCCCACGGGCGUCAGCGUGACAAAGCUGCCCUUUGAGUCUGGCGCCUGCCCGGGGAAGCCCGAUGGGUACAUGGUCGGGGUGGUAGGGGCGAAGACGGCGGUGACGCGGCCCAGGUUGCCGCCGUCGUCGGCCAGGUCGC